AUGGCGGAAGCAGUUCUCUUCAGCCUUGCCACUGCCAUACUGAGAAGCCUCGCCACCGAAAUGGCAAAACCUGGAGGCUCCUUGGCUUCUCGGAAGAUCCAACUCUGCUAUGCCAAGGACGAGCUCCAAAGCCUUGACGACACCGUCCAGACCAUCCAAGCUCUGCUUUUGGACACCGAGAGGCAGCAAUGGCACAACCACCAGAUCAAUAUUUGGCUCAAGAAUCUCAGGGACGUGCUAUACGAUGUACAAGAUUUGCUUGACGACGUUGCAACCGAAGAUCUGAAAAAGUCAUGGGAAUUAUUCAAGAAAAUGGCUUUUGGAGAUGCGGAAACAUCAUCUGACUUGGGAUUAGAAGAGAUAGGUCAAGACAUAGUUAAAAAAUGUGCGGGUGUUCCCCUUGCCAUCUAUCGCGACCUACCCUCGGGGGAAGGUAAUAUGUUUAGGGGUAUUGACAGAUCGUCUUCUUAA